UUACCUCGAGUGACUAUCCGGUUCUGCACGCAGUGCAAGUGGAUGCUUCGAGCCGCAUAUUUCGCCCAAGAGCUCCUCUCCACCUUCUCAACCGCCCUCGGCGAAGUAGCCCUCCAGCCCUCCACAGGCGGCACCUUCGUAGUCGACAUCUUCUUCGCCCACUCUUCCUCCUUAUCGUCCUCGGACCCAUACCCCACGAUCCAGCAACGCACCCUCUGGGAUCGGAAAACCGACGGCGGUUUUCCCGAGACCAAAGAACUUAAGCGCCGCGUCCGCGACGUCAUUGAGCCAAACCGCGACUUGGGACACGUCGAUAGGGACUACGCCUCGAAA